UCGCUACAGUAGCUACAUCAAGUCCGUUCAGUUGCUGUGGGAGAAGCAGUGCUGUGCAGAGCAGAAAAUGCUUUUGAAGCAGUUCCUAGUCUUGCAGCAGCAAGGGGAGGUUCCGUCCCACAUCUCACUGACGGAUAUUAGAGAUUGGCUCAUUGCUAAGGGUAGAAACUACUUCAAGAAUACGUUUCAGAGUGAAAUGGAAGAGGGGAAGAACCUUCACUUGGCCGAACUGGCUUGGGAUGUGAAACGACGCCUCAGGCUUAAGGAGCUGGAAAGAGAAGUGUGCAGGGAGCUGCGCCUGGAGCGCCGAAUCCGCUGGUCGGUGAUUGGACAGCCUGGUAGCCAGAUGGGAGAUUGGAGACCCCUGGGCAUGGAGACACACACACCUCUGGGAAAGGACUCUCCCUUCAGACACUCCACCUCCUCGAUGGACACUCUUUCCAGUCAGAUCUCGACUGAGAACCUCGAGGUUGCUAGGCUACAUACUGCCAGACCACAUAUUGCCAGACCACAAACUGCCAGACCAUCAACUGAAAGACCUAGCAGUGACUCUGAUCACUCUGGAACCUUGUCUUCUGUGAUGACCUGCUCACCACAUUCAGCUAGCCCGUCAGUGGUAGGUCAUUUUGGUCAUGAACAUGUUCCCAGCUUUCACUCUUUGGGGGCUGUAGGCAUAUUACUGCUUCCCUGUCUACCAUCUACUGGGAAAUCCAUAUCCAAGUACAGUGGCAAGAAAAAGUAUGUGAACCCUUUGGAAUUACCUGGACUUCUGCGUAAAUUGGUCAUAAAAUGUUAUCUGAUCUUCAUCUAA